UAACAGGUAUUGUGUCAAUAAAAAAAAUGCGCAGAAGACAGUUCACAGAAUUGUCUAUUUAAAGAAAUGUAGCCUAGCUAUUCAUCUAGCUAAGGUUAUAUAGUUAAUCCAGAGAAUCUUAGUUUUACCUCAAUUUGGCAGUCUUGUCCAGGUCAACAUUGCAUUUGUAGUUCCUUAUGAUAGCCAAUUAGCAUUUUAUUUUUGGAAGGGUAAAUACAUAAACAUAUUUGUUAGGAGAGAUUUACGCAGCUAUGAAAACGUCGCGCCACGGAUUGGCAGGGUGAUGCCCUGAGGUUUAGUGAUGGUGAGCCACUCCAGUCACACACACUAUCAUCUCUACUGCUGGACUUGAAGGAUGAGGGAUCCGCAACUACCAGGACUCAAAUCCAGACUAGCAUGGCCGAAACGCAAGGAUAAGGAAGAUAAGAAAGCCAAGCCAAGUGAGACGAGUGUAACGCCAUUGGACCUAACACCCAAAGUCCUUUCAACCCGUCCUAUUAUACCAGAACUGACCCCAGAACAGAGGAUGAGGCAGACACCGUUUGAGAGGGUGCUUUAUGACAUGAACCAUGACCAGAGGGUAGUCAACGACCUCAUACUGGGCCGGAGGAUCUCCUUCUACGAGCUCAGGGGGGAAAUAGGGUGUGGGAACUUCUCCCACGUUAGAUUGGGUAUCCAUGCCCUGACUAAAGAGAGGGUCGCAAUCAAGAUUUUGGAUAAGCUUCGGCUGGACAAGAAGUCUCAGUCCCUGUUUGCCACAGAGAUCAGCUGUAUGGAGAAGCUGUCCCACCCUAACAUUGUUCGUCUCUAUGAGGUGAUUGAGACCACCAAGCGCCUGUACCUGGUGAUGGAGUACGGUAGUGGAGGAGACCUCUACUCACGUAUCACCAACCGGGGGCGUCUGUCUGACCUGGAGACCAAGCUCAUCUUUGCCCAGAUCAUCUCUGCCAUCAAACACAUGCAUGACAACAACAUCGUCCACAGAGACCUGAAAGCAGAGAACAUCUUCUACACCACCAGCUACUGCAUCAAGGUGGGAGACCUUGGCUUCAGUAUCGUGAGUGCUCCAUCUGAAGUCCUCACCACAUUCUGUGGCUCCCCACCCUACGCCGCUCCAGAGCUCUUCAAAGACAAAGGCUACGUGGGUCGUUACGUGGACAUCUGGGCCUUGGGAAUCCUGCUCUACUUCAUGGUCACCGCCACCAUGCCUUUCCACGCCGACAACCUUGGUCGUUUGAAGCGCUGUAUCAUGCAGGGAGCCUACGCCUUCCCUGACUAUGUACCCAACCCCUGCCAACUGGCCAUAAAGGGCAUGCUGAGGUCCGUGCCCGCCGACCGUGACUCCAUCUCCCUGAUAAUGACCAGCACGUGGCUGAAGAGCAUUGAGUACCCUCGGGCAUACGCCCCCCUGCCCCAAACACCCUUUCACCUGGCUGAGACUUCCCAGGCCCUGUGUGUGGAGGAGCAGGAGGUGAAGUCGACCCUGUCGGAUCUGGGCAUCAAGGGAGUCCACCUGCAGAACAACACCUAUACAGACAAUCGCAGCCCCCUGACGGGGACGUACCGUAUCCUUCUCCACCGCGUCCAGAAGAGGAGGUCUGUGGAGGCGGUGGGAUACGCAGCCCUUUACCCAGAGGACUUUGGCAGUAAGAACGGCAGGACGACCACUGCUGUUAUGGACAAGCACAACCCUACCAGUGUCUGUGUUAUCCUAUAGACCAGGGAUUUUGCAACAGUUUUUGAACCAGGGACUGGAAAAUUAUGGAUCUUCUCUUUGGAUUAAAACAAACAAUUUUGGUGGGCCACUUAUAUUGAAAUUGAACACUUGAGAAGUGAAGUUCUCCCAUAACUAUGAACUAUCUGAGGGACCUGUCAGCAACAUCUCAUGAACCAGUGCUGCUCCAUUGACCUCCAUGGAGGUUGAGAAAUAAUGCUACAGAGUCUGGCCUCCUGUAUAGCCAGGCUCCACCAGAAGAGAAUCACAAGACAAACACACACGCACGCACACACAGACACCACAAACGCACACACACAUACACACGCACAGACACACACACACACACCACAAACACACAUACACACACUACACUCACGGAUCUGUUGUCGCUUAUUCAUCGCAGUACAGAUGAUAGAUAGAUAAAUAGCACCAUCUUGUGCUCCUAUUAAUCAUUACAUUUCAGUACUCCUAAGAAAUCUGUGACAGAAAGAUACAAUGGUGAAAAGGUUAAGAUUUCAGGGUUGUACUGUAAAGUACAUUAAUUAUAUUGAAGCUUUAUGUACUAACAAGGCUACAGUAAUUGACUUCAGCUUGUUGUGACGUUACAUCACUCAAUAGGUCUAUGUUUUGUACAAUUGGCUUACAGCGAGAGACAAAGGAUUAAUAAUGCAAUCAGCAUCAGCAUCUUCCAAGCCUACUUAGUCCUGUGCUUCGUCAAAAUAUAACCGGGGUUGUGCUCGUGGAAGGACAUGGCUAAUUUGUCUUAGCUGUGAUACAGGAAAAGUGCUUUGUUCAGAUAUUAAUUGUAAGGGAGUCGAGCACGAAGCACUGGCCAAUGCCCUGAUAUUUGAAUUACAAUACUUAGGUUUAUCCUCAAACACUUGUAUGCCUUCAACAUUAAUGUAAAUAUAACGAAUAUAAUCUUUAGGUAAAUAUAUUGUAAAUAAGAUGCUCUAUUGACAAGUACAUUGUAAAAUUUGUAAAACAUAGAUGUUUUGUGCACAGAUCUUUAUUUUGGCUAUUCAGUGGCUUGGAAGUGCAAUGUUUUGUCUGAAGAUGAACAUCUUUAUUAAGAUAUAAUGUAAUUAAACUGCAGUUACACAUUGCUGAUGUAGACAUUUAAUGUUCAAUAAUUUUAUAAAUGCUUUACUGAUAUACUUUAUGUGGAUUAAGUAUAUUACUAAAGUAUUUAUAAAAUGUUAAUAAAUAUUAUUUGCCAUCGGAUGUGCCCAUUAAUGCUCAAAAGAAAUGUCAUUUGAAUAUGAGCCUGACUUGAGUAAAAAAUGUUUUUAUUGCAUUGUGUAUUGCUAUGCCAUCUAAAUAAUAAAAAAUUAAUUAAACUUA